GAUCGAGAAGCCAUUAAUAAUGGUUAUUUUGAACCAAUUUCAUCAUGCGUCAUCAUGGACAGUAGGGAUAAUAAUUGGACAUCUGUAGUUGGUAAGAAACCAUUACAGUAUACUUACUCUUAGUGCAAAAUAUAAGUACAGACAACUGAAUUCAUCUGGCACUUUAGGCAGAGUAAAUAAUAAUGUACAGUAAGGAGCGUCAGGUUGCAUUACCACUUGAGAUUAAAGGAUGGAUUUGCAGAUGCAUGUGAUUACCGUAAUCCAUUGGGUGGAAGUGCUCAGUCUCUUUAAUUAACUCAUUUAACUCAUUACUGGUAGAACAUUUAGGUCAAUUUUGAUUGUACAAUACAGUGUACUAGCCGGGCUUCAAAUUUGCAGUAUCCCGAUAUCCCAGCUAUACCAGCUAUACCAGAUUUUAAUUUUGGAUACUGUAAAUCACAAGUUCAGUAUUCCGAUGGAUACUGAAAAAAUUAUGUUAUUCAUUAAAGUAAUUGGCUGAAGUUAAUUACCAUAUCAACACAAACAUUUCAUGCCACGCUGUCAAUUGAAAUAUAGCUCGUCUUCAUGGACUCAUAUCCAGAAUAUGUUGGUAAAAUGUUAAGAUACAUUAUACGAACUGAGCAAACAAAAAAAUCUACUGAGACACAGCAAAUAUUAACUGAUGAACAAGUUGAAGAAAGACAUAUUGAAAUAAAUUAUCAAGUGAACGAAAAAUGUUUUGCAAAUGUGGGAUACUACAGUAGAUUUUCUGAGUUGAUACUAGAUUUUAAGUUGCUAGUAUCCCAUUGGAUAUUGCUGAGAAAUUCAAAUUUGAAGCCCUGUAUUAGUGUUUGCACAGUAUAAUUGCACUUCAGUUAACCUUUCAUUUGUAUAAGUGGCAAUGAAUGAACUUGCAUGUUCCCUCAUAUUUUUAAGGUCAGUUUUUUCCAGUCAGUGAAGUGGCAUGUCCUUCAUGUGGCACAACCUGCACUCCUCGCUCAUUUCAACAAGAGGUUGAAUUUGGUAUAGAAAGUGGUCAUUGUAUUGCUGUUACAAUGAAAGGUACAGUUAGUCAAUCAGUAUUCCCAAUGUUAAGAAACAAAAAUUAUUUCAUAAUAGAAUGGUAAAUUUUUGAUAAAUUGGUAAAAUGGUCGUACAAGAAAAGUGUAAUUUGAUGCUUCUACAUGCCAUGUCAAUUUAGUGAGCCAUGCAUAUCGAUAGGACAAUUUAAAAAUACAAUACUAUCUAACAGACUUAUUGAUAAUUUUGUUCUACUAUAGACUGUAAGUAUAUACAGUACUGUAUAUGCCAGUGUUGGUGUGUAAGGUCAGGGACCCAAGGUUAGAGUUAAGGAUAGAAUGGCUGAAAUAGGGUUAGGAAUCCACAUCAUAAGGUUCAAUAAAUAUAAUGGGUUUGAAUGAAAUAUUAGCUGUAAAGUUCCAAAUAUUGAAAUUUUGUUUUUAUUUUCAAGGACGUUUUGAUGUAAGCCAUGGGGAAUAUAUGUGCCCUGAUUGUAAAUGUGUCCAUUCCAGCUCUGAUCCAUUGGUACUUGUGCAAUUGGGAUUCUGGCCUGGAAGUGUCACCAAUGUAAGAUAUGCCUUCCACCAAGAUCUUUUUCAGCACUGGGAUAUUCUCCAAAAACAAGUGCCUGGAAUUUCUCAAACCAGCUUUAUUAAGUCAUUGGAAUGCUAUUCAUCAAAGAAAGGAAGGGUAUGUAAAUAAAUAAAUUAAGUAAAUGUAUAAUUAGUAUGUUGAUCUGGUAUAAAAACUAAAAUCAAUAUUUGUAAAUAUAUGUGCAAUAUAUUGCCGCUUACCCCCCAGUGGCGUAGCCAGAACGAUAAUUGGGGGGCCCAUAUUCAUAUAUUCAUGUUCACAUACCAUAAAAACAAUUGAUUUCAAAAUAAAUUAAUAAAGCAGAACACAAAUAUAUGAAUAUGCCCCCCCCCCCAAUUAUCGUUCUGGCUACGCCACUGUUACCCCCUUGCCACUUACCUAGCUACUUGCAUACUUGCCGUACGCAUACAGAUGCAUUGCUGCUUACUGUCGUUCCAAUUGAAGUGUUCCUCAAAUAUUGAUUCAAUACAUUACCUCAGGUUGACCAAUUCAUUUGAUCAAGUUCCUCGAGAUAUUCAUACACUUCCUGUAAAAGAGCCAAUUUCAAGUAUUUGAUCAUUUCUGGUCACUUCCUUUCUAUUUAUGAUUGGUUAGUUGCACAAACAACAAAGGUGAUUGGUGCAUUCAAACUAUUCAACAGGAAGUUUACAAUUAUACUAGGAAGUGUAUGAUUAUCUCGGGGAACUUGAUCAAAUGAAUUGGUCAGCAGUAGGAACAGUUCAAUUGGAACGACAGUAAUGAGUUAAUUUAAAAAAUUAAAGACAUACAUUGUACAGUACAUGUACAUUCUGCAAUUUGAAAUGCAGAUUGGAGUAGAGCUUAAUACUCUUAAUAUGCUGUAUGAUACAGUUAACCCUAUUCAUAUGCAAAAUAUUGCCACAGCCGUCGCUUGUAACAAAAGAUUGAUUAGGCAUGUUUUUCUAUUUUAAUAGUCUGAAAGUUUAAAAAACUAAAGAAGAAGCCUAACAGUGAGGUUCUAACCUCAACUUAAAUGGCCCUAUUUGUUAUACAAUGUCCCAUAUCUUAAUCAAAUUUGACAUGUUUCAAAUAUGGGAAGGGCAACAGUGCCAUACUGUAACUCAUACAAUGUAUGUACAUUUUAUUUUGUACACUUUAUUUAAGAUGUCUAUUCAGUAUUUUGGGAGCAAGAAUCUCAAAAUUUUCCUUCUAAAAAUUGCACUUUGCACAAAAAUUGCACAAAAAAUCAACUUUUCCUUUCUAAUUCGAACCCUGGUGUCUAAUUGUACUUACUGUACUUGACAUGGCAUGAUAGUGUUGCUGCAUGCCACAAGUAAUAAAACAGCUCAUGUCUAAUUCUAGCUCAAAAAGCCAGGGAUGGAUCCAGCAUGAUCUGCUAGGAGCGCCGACUGCCGAGUUGUGUCGGUCAUGUGUGCCGCCCACUAGGGACAGGCACAUUAUGCUAAAAAAAUUGCCUAUUAUGCUAUUCUCAAAUGCUCCUGACUUUACCCUAUUAUGCCCAAAAUGUUUCCCUAUUACGCCCAUAAUUAUGCUGUAUCAUAUUCAAUCAAGAGCACAGAAAACAAGAACUUAAUUUAAUUUAACGUUUGUGAUAAUUAACGUUUGUUAUAUUGCAACAUAAGUGCAUGAGGCCUCAACAAGGUCCUCUGGCCCGCAGAUGGUUGUCACAUAUGUGUAUUACGUAAUUACGUUGGCAAAAUGACGUCAUACCGAAACUUGUUGCCUAUCAUGCUCGCUCUUUGCCCAUUGUGCUCGAUCUCAAAAGGGUUUCCUAUUAUGCUAAAAGAAAUGCCGGCAUAAUGUGCCUGUCCCUACCGCCCACCCAUCAACUACUGUAUUUGAAUUGUAAUUGUUGUUCACAGUUCACUUAUCAUCAUGUUAUUACUCAAAUUACUGUACCUCAUUUUGUCUUUUUUGCUUUAUCAUAAAAAAUAGUACCCCUCUGGCCAGGGCUUGGGGGGUGGCACCCCCCUGCACCCACCAGUAAAUUCGUCCCUGCAUAAAACAGGAUAGUGUCACUUGUAAACUAAGUACAGUAAUAAAAGGUUUGGCAAUACCAGGUGCUCAGACCACAUCAUUUUUUCUUCAGUAGAAAAGGCUGCUGCAGUUCAAAUUUGAUUUGCAAGGUUGUAAUAUAUUUUGUAUAGGUUGGUGUUAUAAAUGACAAAGCAUUUUCAGCUUCUUUUCGGGAGUGGAAGUAUCUGCAGUUUGAAGUGGAUGGUAUGAGGGAAGUUAACUGGAUGGAAUGUCCAUGCUGUACAGAACAUCAACAUUCUGUUCAUGUGGAUGGAAAUAUGAAACUGUACUUAUUGCUUUUGCUCUGUUGCUUUUGUAUAUUUGUUGGUUAACACUGCUACGACUCUAUUCAAAUUUAUACAUUUAAUAAAUAUUUACUUAAAUUUUCAGCAGCAUGCCACCGCCUUUGUCAGAAAGUUAUUAAUUUGCUACAGUAAUGGUAUUUUCAAGGGUACACAUGUGAGGUUGUGUUUAAACUUUUUUGAAUGCAAAGCCUUAAUUAUUCAUUUCAGAUUUUUGACAUUUAUGAGCUUGCUUGUGAGAUGAUCUAAGAGGAUUGCCCGUACAAAGUCUAGACUAGCUUGCUGUGACAGUGAAGACAGUCCUGUGCUUUGUAAAUUGUUGUUUGUUUUUCUUUUAGAAUUGGAUCGAAAAGGUGGUUGCAGUUAUUCAGAUCCUGGAAUAAUUUAUAUAAACGGGAACAGAAAUGAAUAUUUAUAUGCGAGCACAUAGUUCCAAGACCAGCUAGCGGGGUCGAAACGUGCUUUCCCAGUUAUGCUUGGAACUUGAUGAGAACAUAACCUUAGUUUUGAACACAAAACACAUGGGACUUGGCCUGGGUGGCGAUACACUGGCAUUCACCCAGGUCUUGGCAAUAUCACAAUACUGUACAUCAAACAUAAACGCACCCGGGUUAUGCCUGCGCGAUCUUCACAAAAACAAUCAAUCAAGUCAUACACAUUGCAGUUUCACUAUUCAUAUCUUAUUUUAGCUUGAAUGUUCAGACUUUUGUAUCACUAUAUAUAUACCAUUUUACAACUUAUACAGGGUAUAUCACCAGUAUUAUCACUACAUAUCUAUAUUAUAAAUCAGUCACAAUGAAUUGAAACUUCCUGUCAUCUCUCUCCACACACCAUUUGAUGUUCUCCCAAUAGAAUGUCCCAACAGGUCAACAGGGCCAUUUCACAGCGUUCCAGGAUCUGAAUACCUGCAACCACCUUUUCAAUCGAAUUCUAAAAGAAAAACAAACAACAAGUUGCGAUGCAGUUAUGGUUGAUCAAGGCCCAGCCAGACUACGCAAUCUGAUCCGACUUUUACACCUGUCUUUUUUAAGCUCUAUGCACAUGUAUCGAAUCACUGUACUUCCCUCUUCUGCCAAACAGUACAGUAUAGAGUAAAAUGCAAGGUACUGUACUGCAUAUUUCACAACUGAUUGAAAACAUCACAAGGAUGUCGACUGUUGAGCUGAAUUGAAAGUGACUUAAAAUUAAAGUAGUGCUCAACAUCUUAUUAUUGCUAACUCCCAUACUCAUUUAAUUGUAUUGCAGGCGAAGGAGGAGUUGCUAUUAUGGCGAAGCUUUCAUUGCUUCAAAUGAAAAAGUUGAUUCACAUCUUGAAUCGAUUUAUCAAGGACAAAGAAGAACACAGGUAAGCAAUUUGUAUUAAUUUUUCAGAACAGGAGGAGUCAAUUCGUGGUUACUUCCUAUACAUUUUGAACAGGUGAACAAAGGAUUUAGACCUGCGAUUCUUUUAUUAGUGAUAACACCAUCGAGAGGGUGAAGAGCAUUUUGCCUUCUGACUUUAGGCUCCAAAGGGGGCACACAAUAUUCACUGAUAUAACAUAUUGGCAUAUUGCUUAUUUAAGAAUAUUAAUCCUGAUAUACUGUAACUUUGCCCUGAGGCCUUGCGCCAAUGCGGCAAUGGUUAUUCAUUACAACAUGGCUUGACAUACAGUACAGUACAGUACAGUACAGUACAUGUAGAGAAAAGAUACAUAAUUUUUAUGUCAUCACUUUUUUAUUUUACGUGUUUAUUGUAGAGAUCAGAGGACCAAGACAUUAAAUGUGGUGACUCGACUUGGCGCGCAGCAGCAAAUAGUCCUAAGAAGAAGAAAAAUCUAGAUGAAAGUGGUCUGGAAAUUUCUGGAUGUAGGCACGGUCUAGCACAACAUGCUGUGAAUAUGAUGCGAGGUGAAAUUUACGGGUAUGCUCACUACAUGCAAGUCAACCACUAUAUCAACCCAACUGUAGAUUUUUUCUGGUACGAUGUCGUUUGUAAAUACUGGCCUUGGUUAGGAAAAUGUGACAAGAAGACACAACAGCUGAUGAAACCUGCUUUGUCAGUUAUGCAUGCCAAGGCUCAUGCUUGGUAUUGUCAGGUAGAGUACAAUGUUUGAGAAAUCUAUACAGUUACAUUAGACGUGGUUCAAGUCCGUCGCUCAAGGGGUUGAAAUACACGCGAGCUGUGAUAAAAGACACAAAAAUAUGAGAAAAACGUACGGACUUCGGCAUUCGCAAACGUGCCAAAUUUACCGUCGGAUUUUUCAUGCGGAGGUGUGGUUUUUGAGUUGAUAACAAUAACAAAUAUUCACGCCAAUUUAUUCAAGUAACAUUCGAAAUGCUGCAGAUGUCCCAAGUCCGUCUCAUCGUACAUUUCUCCUGAGAGGGACUUGAACCAAUUCUACAGUUACAUUUAUGGUAUCAUAUUAAGUACAUUAACUACAUGUAAAGGUUAUAUUAUCGACUCAAGUUGUUUGAAAGUGUGACUUUUUUACAUACUUGUUGCUCUUACUAUAUGUUCUUACAUACAGUACAGUCUUUAGAAUAGUAUUUGGAAUAACCACCCCUGCUGCUUACGAAUAUUUAACAAGAUGUUACAGUACACAAGGACGAGACUUCAUGACAGUAACUAAUAAUCGAUUACAAUCAACUUAAUUGAAAUUAUCCAAUUUAGGAUGUUUGGGGUGGUCGAUGGCAAAAUGGUGCUGCGGCAACAACUGGUGAAGAAGUUGAGGCAAUCAACAGUCAUUUUUCCAGGUUGGGGACGUCUACAAAACACAUGUUGCCAGAAGGUAAUUUUCUGAAGUAAAAUGUACUAUAAUUCCUUGUGUUAUGUACAGUGCAAAGUCUCGAAAGUAUGGGCCGCUUCGAAAGUAAGCGCCCCCUCAAAAAUAAGCGCCCCUUGAGGCCACUAAUUUCGAAAGUAAGCAGGGCGCUUACUUUCGAGACUUUACGGUAUUAGUGUUAGAUACCGGUCAUAUCUAAAUAAAAACUCCUAAAUUAAAGAAACUCUUCAAACCAUAUGUAUACCAUAUGUACUCUGUAGCAUGGAUUUAGAAAUGGUCGAUCUUGAAAAUAACAACUCGAAAAUAGGCGCUCUUCGAAAGCAAGCGCCUCUCAAAAGUAAGCGUCCCUCAAAAGUAAGCGCCCCGUGAGACCACUAAUUUCGAAAGUAAGCAGGGCGCUUACUUUCGAGACUUUACGGUAUAUAACUACUGGGGUAUUUACCCCAGUACGUAGGCCCUUUAUUUGCCCCGGUAGUGAAGCAAGAUUCUCAGAUGAACUGGGCCCUUUUGAUUUGAGUGUGAGGUUUCCCAACCAUUCCUUGUGAUUUAUAUUUGUUGUAUGUAAUUUACUAGGUCGAGAAGAAUUAAUAACUGAGCAUGCUCUUCGAUGGAACCGGAAUAAAAUCCAAAAACUUGCUAGUUUUCUGUCAAAGAGAUAUACAAAGGUGAGUAACUCUAUUUGUGCUCGCCUUCCAACAAGUGAAAAAUUGUUGCCCGCCGCGGCCGGCUACUGUACUUUCAUGGAUGUUCAAAAUGGAUUCAAGGUUUAAAGUAAAGGGCAUCAUAUGACACGUAAUUUAUGUUAUUCCAAAUAUGCUUUACUUGGAAAGAACUUACAUGUAUGUGCAUGCAUGUAUGUGAUUUGAAGACUUUUCCGAAUUUAGUACCAUAGACAUACAUGUAGUCUAUACGCAAGCAAAAAAAGGUUUAGUUAAUUUUUAUAAAAAUCACUCAAAAUGUUACAGUACUUACUAAUGAUUGUUUAUUUUUCUUCCUCCUACAGUACGUCGUAUAACAAAAUAGUAAUGUCUGUUGUCACAGCCACAGGAGAUAAUUUGUUUUGAAAGAUCAUGAUUUUUUCAAAUUUGUUUUCUGCUCUCUAGACUCCCCCUCGGGGCUCUAGUUCUCCACCCCUAGAAUAUAGACCUUACUGGGUUUGGUGACACUUUGUAUCGCUUCAGUCACCUGCUCACGGCUCACCCCCCUAAAAUUUCUUGUACCACCCCAGCAAUAAAUAUGAAAAUCCGUCCAUGAGUGAAAAUGUUUUGCAUUACUUUGGCUGAGCAUAAACGUAUAUUACAGUACCUUGUCUCAUAUAAUCUCAUUUUUGUCCUUAUUUAGGUCAAAACUAAAACAUUGUUGCUCAAAUCACAGCUGGAAGAAAAUGCUAAAGCUGUUGGCCUAACCGAAGAAAACAUGAACGCUCAAUUGUCGAUAUGGAAGGGUGACCUUUUAGCUGCUGCUCUUUGUAAGUACCACUUUAGUUACAAUAUCAUAUUGAAUGUACAAUAGUGUUCGUCGUUGAAUUACGAACGGCACAUGAAAACGCUGAUUACUAUUUUGGUUUUGCGGCUGUGUGUUUUGCUGUAGUUUAUUAAUUUUCAUCAAUUCCUAAAUUCAUUUUUAUGGAUGUAUAUUUUUAGUAAAACAAGAAUCUCUCAAUACAAGAGCAAAUAUGUCAUCCGAAGAAAAAGAGUUUUUACAGCACUUACUAUCUUUGGAAGCGUUUACCCCAAAGCAAAAAAUUUUGUUUGACGUAGCAGAGAAAAUAUAUGGCAAGAAGAUUACACAACUGGAAGCGAAAGACCUCGUCGAAUUUUCCAAUGGCGAAAACACUUUGACAGAAAAGGCUUUGGAUUAUUUUAAAUUAGACAUGGAGCAUCACCAUGCUUCUAUUGCCCAACUCACAUUCAAUAUGGGAAAAUUGGCAGGUAAUUGAGAACAAUACUGUAAUGGAGGGCGGUGGGAUUUAGAAACAAAGGAGUAUGGCAACACUUUUUUAGUCCCCUUCAGAUACAGUAUCGUUACACAACGUAUUUUUGGGCCAGCUUGCAAGAGCCUAUUAAGGUCAACUACUUCAUUCUGUAUAUCGUUGGUAUUUAUUCCAUAUUUUGUAUUCCAUAUUCUGACUGUUUCAUAAUUAUAUAUAACUUUUAUAGAUUCAUCAAAACAACGAAAAAGGAUACGUAAGAAAAUAUCCAAAGAGAAAACUGGCCUCGAAAACUCUUUAUUGAAUUACAACAAAGUCGCACCCCAACCACUGAGCAAUUUGAAUGAUAUACUCAAUGGCAAAUUUCCUUGGACUGAUGAAUCAAAGACUUCUGAUGAAGGUAAUACCUGCAUACAACGGUGAACGUUUUACAAUAUUCGUCUAGUUAAAUUGGUGUAUGAAAAACAACUCUGUCUCUAUUCCCUAGAUCACUAUGCGCGAGCGCGUCAAGUCAUGAACUAAUUCUUUCGUUUUGUAUUUUUGUUUCCAAGUUUUAACUAGAGGUGGAAAAUAUUUUUUUCUUUCUGGGAAUUUGGGUUUAGGGCACAAAAUGUUCUGCAAAAUAUUGCAAUAAAUAGGGAAAAUAACAAAAUUGUCAUUUGUGAUUUUCUUCUGAUGUUGUCAUGUGAAGCAAUAUCCCACCGGGCGCACGACGUUGUUUCAACGUUGAAAUUUGGUAGAAAAAAGGUUGCGACGUCGACAACCUAAUAUCUACGUUGCUCUGACGUUGUUUUACAAAAAUUGGUUCAACAGCAGCCAACAGACGUUGAAUUAACGUUCAUUCAUGGUUACAAAUGUACGACGUCGAUUUGUGAACCAAUCUCAACGUUUUGUUAACGUGGAUUCAACGUUGAAUUAUGGUUGACGAGAUUGGCAACCUAAUUUCAACGUUGUUUCAACGUCGAAACAGUAACGUCGAUCCAAUUUGCAUAGUCAACCCUUUUCCAACGUCUGGAAGGUCAUUUCCAACGUUGAUUCAACGUUGGAUAAACGUCAUUUUGCCCGCUGGGAUGUCUUUAAGACUGAUAAGGUAUACAAGAUAAAUCCCGAAGUAUUCGAAGCUUUACCAUUAUUGUAAUUUACGUAGGUAUCAUAUUUUUUGUGUUAUGUACUCAGGUGAAUAUGAUGCUUGUGGUCUUACUCUGCAUGAGUGUAUAUCCACACUCUGUAACGUUUCCCAUCUUUGGUUGAAAAUACAUGAUCUGCAGUACGCUGCAUGCGGUUUCGUUUUAGUUACAAUAUCUACCAAGCGCGGAAUUGUGGACAAGUAUAUGGAAUUGGAAAGAUUUAAUGAAGAAAUUUGCCUUAUUCAAGAAGAAAUGAUUCGGUUCCUCACAUUUUACAUAAGAAGAAAGUUUCCAGAGCUGCAAAGAAAGCGCGACUCAUUAAAAUAUAUUUUAGAAGGUAUAAGUGUAAAUUUAUUUUUGAAAAACUUUGGAUUUGGAAGCACGGAUCUUCAUCAGUGUUAAGUAUUUAAUUCACACAUCCCUUACAUAGCUAAAGCGAAGUGAUCUGUUGCGUGUCUCUUUUUUAUUAAUUUAGUUAUUUUGUUUACAAUUUCUGCUGUUACAAUAGUGAUGAAUUGACCGAUUCUUUAGAUUCGCGCACUCAUGCAAUCAUGUUUAUUUGCCAAUUUUCAGAGGAAGAAGAUACCGAAUUAAAUCACACCAGUAUUAAGAAUGCAACUUCGAAUUCUUCAGCAGAGGUAUUUUUUAACACCAUUUUAUAUGUAAUUCAUAAAUGUAAAUGAUUGAAGCGCAAUCAGAUACAAAAUGUUUUUGUACCGGAGAAUACUUAUAAUAGUAUUGUAUACUACAAUAUACUUUUUGAAAAUUGUAACAUACUGUAUUUUGGAAACCUUGAGAAUUAUGUACGCGACGCUGAUAGAAUGUUCUUUGUAUAGAUAAUAGCAUGGUUUCGAAUGCAAUUUGGAUAUAACAUGCACGAGUGAGUUUUUCAAAGACCUCAAAAUAGCACGAAUCCGAAGGACGAGUGCUAUUUGAGGCUUUUGCAAAACUCGUGAGUGCAUGACUGUUUAGCCAAAUUUCACGACAAACCAUGCUAUUACUUAUUAAUAAUUUACAUAAAAAUGUUCGAGACAAUUGUAAUUUUAAACUUACAGUACGUUUAUAGCGAACACUCCAUUAUUCCACUAGCGAAUUAGCAGAUUAGCAAAGCAGAUUAAUCGAGAUUAAUAUGAAACUAGUUUUUCGUAUCUCUGAGGAUGGUUCUGAAAUGGAAUUGAAACACUGCGCGUCCUCUAAGACAAGCGUUAAGUCGUCGCGAAAAUAUUUCGUGCACUUAAAUUGGAUAAAACUCGCUACCAAUCCCUGUUGACUUGAUAGCUCAAUAGGUAGAGCGGCGGUCUCGAUACCCGAAGAUGCGAGUUCAAAUCCCGCUCGAGCCAACGAAUUUUUCGUUGUUCGAUUGCAGUGUCAGAUUAAUAUGAAACUAGUUUAACCAAUCACAGUCAAGUAACAUUUCUUGUGUAUUAUUAUUAUUGAUACAGAAUGGUUGUUAUGAAACGAAUUCAGAGGAAGAAGGAAUUUUACGCGGAAAGCUUGCCAUGGUCAAUGAAGGCAUUCAGUUUGUUCUGGAGCAAAUUGUUGCUGGAAUUAGUCAUUUCAGUGCACAUUUGAACAACAAUUCAAUGGAUGAUUUCCAGGAGCUUCUACAAAAUUAUGUGGAUGAUGCCAACGAAAUACACCCAGAUGCUUAUGAUCACCACAACGAUGGCAAUGUCUCCAAUGACGACUAUGAUUCCAGCGACGCCGAUGAAGAAGAAGACGACACCGAUCACCCGUAGUGCAAAUGCGUGCCUUCGAUUUUUGCUGCUAAAAUUCAUCAAUUAAUAUCAUGUCCGGCAAAUUUGAAAUUCGAAAGAUGAACUUCUUAGUGCACCUAAACCUCAAUUCUUUUUAUUAUUUCAUUCUUAAGAACUUCUGAAAUGAUAUCACAACUUAUUUUGACGAUUUUCGUUCGCACACUUUGUCUCUGAGUUAUUUCAGUUUGUUUGGUAUCCAAAUGUCCGGAAUUUACGUCACAUGUGAAUAAAGACUGCUCAAAGAAUGUAAGGUACUGUACAGUUAAAUACCAUCAAAUAAAAAGCCUAAAUGGUUUUUUACAUAGAUUUGUGUAAUUCUACCACAACUCCAAACUGCAUUUUAAUGAUUUAAACUCGAUAGUGAAUACGAUAUACAAGCUUUUGCUUUAAGUCAUUAUGCAUUUGUGACGUAAAUUUAGAAUAUUUGCAUACCAAACAAACUGAAAUAUCUUAAAAUAAGUUAUUAUAUAAUUUCAGAAGUUCUUAAGAAUGAAAUGAUAAAAAGAAUUGAGGUUAGGUGCACUUUAAAAUGGUUCAGAUAUCACUCAUACCAAAUAUCAUAUCUGGUGUUAGUAUUAGAUUAUAGGAAACUUCCAUUUCGAAAUCAUACCUGCAUCAGGAAAAUCAAUAAGCGACCGUAAUGGAAAAUUUCUUGCAUGUAAUGACAUGUAAGCAAUUUUCCGUCCCGCUCGCUUUGUCCGCGCGGUCCGAGCGACCUAUACAAAGUCACGUGUGUGUGAUUAGUCGUACGUCAACGCCAACUGAAUGUUCAAAGCAUAGAUUAUAGUAUUAUCUAUCAUCUGUGGUUCAAAGGUACAUUCAAGCCUGUUCUCCACUAGGCGAAUUUGUUCGCGCGAACAGUAAAAAGUAGGAACUGAUCCAACUUUUUCGCGGCGAAUUUUCUCGCUAAACAGUCACUUUGUCAAGAUUUGUUUUUCGCUUUGCGUCGCGCGAAAAAAUUCGCCUAGUGGAGAACGGGCUUUACACGCUGCGAUUUGUCGGCUACGAUUCGUAUUCUGACGCAUGCAAUCGAGUAAGCACGCGUACGCGGGUUGCAUUUCAAGUUUCGCCAUAAACUAAACGAAGAGGAAUUGUGGGGUUAGCACUAAUUUUCAUCCAGACUACGAAUCGUAUAUGACAAAUCGCAGCGUGGAAACGUACCGAUCCUCUAUCACUCUCCCCUAUUUUGAUUACUGUGGUUAUGUGGGCGAUAAUUACAGAAAAAGUUUACGGGAUAACAGAAAUCAUCGACCAGCUAGAAUAAUUAAUACGAGCAAUGAACAACUUGUAUGUUAGACUAAAUUUUAAUCUAAGUAAAGACAAGCGAAUAAAACACAACAGUAAAAAAGAAAAUAACAAAAUUAGUAAAAUUUCAAAAUUUAGUUGCGAAAUGUUGUAAAAUGCAGAAAAUAUAGCCUUGCGAAGUGGGUUAGGUUAAAACGCGGAUGCGGAACGGAACGGAUGGGGUUAAAAUACGGAACGGAACGGAUGGGGUUAAAAUGCGGAACGGAACGGAUGGGGUUAAAAUGCGGAACAGAACGGAUAUGGGGUAAAAUGCGGAACGGAAUGGAUAUGGGGUUAAAUCGUAACCUGCAGUUUAGGCCCUAAUUUUAAAUAGGAUCUGACACAUUCAUUGCACAAAAAAAUUAUAUUCUCAUGAACAUGUCUGCAGAGUGCGCAUUUUGCUUUUUAAUUAAAAAGCAAAAUGCGCACUCUGCGGACAUGUUCAUAAGAAUAUAAAUUUUUUGUGCAAUGAAAUCUACAACACUUGUCAAUCAUAUCGCAUGACUAUGUCUAAAAAUAACAUGUGGGCGUCCCACGGUCUAGACAGGUUUUGUGUCAGACCCUAUUUAAAAUUAGGGCCUAAACCUCGGGUUACGUUUUAACCCCAUAUCCGUUCCGUUCCGCAUUUUAACCCCAUAUCCGUUCCGCAUUUUAACCCCAUAUCCGUUCCGUUCCGCAUUUUAACCCCAUAUCCGUUCCGCAUUUUAACCCCAUAACCCCAUAUCCGUUCCGCAUUUUAACCCCAUAUCCGUUCCGCAUUUUAACCCCAUCCGUUCCGCAUUUUAACCCGAUCCGCUUCCGCGUUUUAACCCAACCCCUUGCGAAGUUUCCAUAUUUUUAGCAUAUUUGUAUUACGUGCGAAAAUUGUUACAUUUUCGGCUCGAAAAUGGUAACAAUUUUCGCACGUAAUACAAAAUGACUGAAAAUUGCAAACUUCGCAAGGCUAUAUUUUCUGCAUUUUACAACAUUUCACAACCAAAUUUUCCAAUUUUACUGAUUUUAAUAAGUUCUUUACAGGAAUUUACUUUUUCUUGCCUAAAUAAAAAAUUUGUCUAACAUGCAAGUUGUCUAUUAUGAAAUACGCUCUUUCCAAAUUUAAAAAAAAAUGAAAUCUUGCCUACUGUUCAAAAUAUUCCACAAAUUAUAGGCCCAUCUUAACUUCCACGGUCGUUUAAUCGAGAAAACUUAAUUCACAGUCAUCAUGUUAUGUCUAUAGUUUCAUAUUUUCUUGUAAAUAAUUAAUAUUGUAAAUAAUUCAAAUGUCAUGGCGCCUCGAAAGAUCAUCUCGAUUCUGACAACAGG